AUGGCUUCCAGACAACCAGCUGCCCGCCCGGGUGCACGUUUCGCCCAGUUUAAGCUCGUCCUUCUCGGAGAAUCUGCUGUCGGAAAGAGUUCGCUGGUCCUGAGAUUUGUUAAAGACCAAUUCGAUGAUUACCGCGAGUCGACGAUCGGAGCCGCUUUCCUGACACAGACCAUCUCCCUCGAUGAGAGUACCACAGUCAAGUUUGAAAUCUGGGAUACUGCCGGCCAAGAGCGCUAUAAGUCGCUGGCUCCUAUGUACUACCGAAAUGCCAACUGUGCCGUCGUUGUCUAUGACAUCACCCAAGCUUCGUCGCUAGACAAGGCCAAGUCAUGGGUAAAGGAGCUUCAGCGCCAAGCAAAUGAGAACAUUGUGAUUGCCCUGGCAGGCAACAAGUUGGAUCUCGUCACCGAGAGCCCCGAUAAGCGAGCGAUCCAAACCGCAGAUGCAGAGGCCUACGCACGUGAAGCCGGUCUACUCUUUUUCGAAACUUCCGCCAAGUCUUCAACCAAUGUCAAGGAACUGUUCACCGCCAUCGCGAAGAAGUUGCCCUUGGACCAGGCCGGUCCUCGGAACCUUCGGACGACUCCUCGGCCCGGUGUCGAUUUGCGCCCUGAGGCUCCAGGCACCCAGGGUGCAGGUGCAUGCAAUUGCUAA